CACCAGGUCACCAGCACGUUUCUGUACCCUAGUAGCACCAGCACAAAAUAUAUACAAGCACUGGGAAUUCACACAAAUUACACAAAAAUUGCAUCAUGGGGUUCAUCCGAAAACCCUCGGGUUUCGCCCGUUAAGCCGUUGGUUCUUGGCACCGUCCUUGUUGAAAAGAGGCCUGCGGUCCGGGUGUCCAGUUUGUGUCUGAGUACCAGACUCCACAACACGUACUUGCGAUGCAGCCAGCGAUGAAUUCAACGAGCUCUACUGGCUGCUUGUUGUGACUCGCGUGAAAUAGACUGCCAGCUGUCAAGGCGGAGAACAUGACAGCCAAAGUACCUGCAUCGGCAUUCCACAAGCUUCGACUUCGACAUUGGACCCGAGUUGACCAGCCGCACACCUAUCAAGUCACUGGAGACCUCUGUGGGUGGUACACCGUGUCCACGGUGGCGUCACCAGCUGCCACUGCCACGACAUGGUCGAGUUCAGUCCAGUGCACGGGCGUCCCGGAUGCGCUGCUGCAGCGCGGCCGACAUCCUGAGCGCCUCCACCGGACACGCCGCGCCUCCUCGGUUCGAGCAGGCUCAGUUCCGAUCGGAGCUUUUCGUAGUGGAGGAUGUGAUCACACAAGCGCUGACCAGAAUGGGAAGCCACGUAGAUCUUCCAAAAGCCGUUGCCUGAACAAGCCGGACGAACCACCUGUGAGCGAACCUCGCGAGAUUAUCCAUGGUUCUCCCUCUCCAUGCCUGGCUCGUGGUGUGCCAAAGGUGGAGCAUUGGGCGUAGACGGCCGCGAGGCCGAGGAGCUGCAAGCGGUCGUCUUUCUGGGCCAGCAACAGUCUCCUGAGGAGGUGUUCCUGGGGCGAGCACCCCGGAAAGGGGCAUUCCAAGAGAUUGGACCGCGAUCGAUGCGCUCCACAGGAGGUUCAAUCUCGGUGAGCUGGCAUUCAUGUGGCCCUUGCGGAUCCUCAGAAAGGCCCACCCGGAAACCGGUGUCGGUGCACUUCAGCGUCCCGGUUCGGCGUCGCAGGGCCGCCAACGAGGCCGAUCUGCCGAGCCUGUUGACACCCUCCAAUACAUCCAAUGCGGGAACUCUAGGGCUCCAGUCGGACCUUCGUUUCGAAGGCAUCGUGGGCAUCGUCGAGUGCUGGGUGAACACCAAUUGCAG